AUGGAUACACCCCGUCCUGCUGUCUUCCCUCCCCUGCCUCCUUCUGUUGAUGGCACAGUCUGGUCUGCUAAUGUUCUUCGGGCCCAUCAAAUUCUUCACGAUGCGUAUGCCCGUGCCUCGGACUUGUUACGACAGGAAGAUGGAGACCCUCUACGGCUCCGUAUCCACUCGGAACGGAUUCUGAAAAGGAUGAUCCCUAUUCUAGAGGCUUUAGAUCAAGAGGUCGCUGAUGAGCAUUGGAGCUCUGGAUGUGCUCACGCGCUGGCGAAGAUUACUGUAGACUUGGAACGGGCAGCUUUCGCAGCGGAUGGCGUUGAGCAAGCCAAGGUCCACCACUUCAAUCCUGUCACCAUCAUCCGGACUGGGCGCCGUGGGCGUCCUCGGAAGGUUAUCAAUCCCACCUGGCUCAAUGAAGCAAUGUCUACACACCGUAAAAUCAGCAUCCAGAAGCUUGCUGAUCUCCUUGGCAUGCAUCGAAAUGCUGUGAGCAAGCAGCUGAAGCUCUAUGGUGUCUACCAGCGAUUCUCUGACAUCUCCGACAAUGACAUUGAUCUGCUUGUUCGACUCUACAAGAAACAUCGACCGAUGUCUGGUUUGCGCUACGUAAUUGGCUUCCUGAAGAGCCAUGGGCUGAGAGUCCAGAAGCGUCGUCUAUCGAUCGGCGAGAGUACAACGUCCCUCGUCCUAACUAUCUGUGGCAUAUGGAUGGCUACCAUAAGCUCAUACGGUGGGGUGUUGUUGUUCAUGGCAUUGUGGAUGGAUUCUGUCGGAGUGUUGUCGGAAUACAGGUCAACACAAAUAAUCGUGCCUCCACAGUUCUCGACCUGUUUCUUGAUGCAGUUGCAGAGUAUGGGCUACCAUCCAGGGUUCGAGGAGAUCGUGGAGGCGAGAAUUUAG